AUGGCACAAGGAAAUAAUUAUGGGCAAAGCAGCAACGGGGUGGCUGAUGAAUCCCCAAACAUGCUGGUAUACAGAAAGAUGGAAGACGUCAUAGCUCGCAUGCAAGAUGAAAAAAAUGGAAUACCUAUUCGUACAGUCAAAAGUUUUCUUUCCAAGAUCCCCAGUGUCUUUUCUGGUUCAGACAUUGUUCAAUGGUUAACAAAGAACUUAUCUAUAGAAGACCCAGUGGAAGCCCUACACUUGGGAACACUGAUGGCAGCACAUGGCUAUUUCUUUCCAAUCUCAGACCAUGUUCUAACACUAAAGGAUGAUGGCACCUUUUAUCGGUUCCAGACACCCUAUUUUUGGCCAUCAAAUUGUUGGGAGCCGGAAAACACAGACUAUGCUGUAUACCUGUGCAAGCGGACAAUGCAAAACAAAGCAAGGCUAGAGCUAGCAGACUAUGAAGCUGAGAGUUUGGCCAGACUACAGCGAGCAUUUGCUCGGAAAUGGGAGUUUAUUUUUAUGCAAGCUGAAGCACAGGCAAAAGUCGACAAGAAGAGAGACAAGAUAGAGAGGAAGAUUCUUGACAGCCAGGAGCGUGCUUUCUGGGAUGUGCACCGGCCAGUGCCUGGAUGUGUAAACACUACUGAAGUGGAUAUAAAAAAAUCUUCAAGAAUGAGAAAUCCACAUAAAACAAGAAAGUCUGUCUAUGGCUUACAAAAUGACAUUCGAAGUCACAGCCCUACCCACACACCCGUACCAGAGACUAAGCCUCCCACAGAAGAUGAACUACACCAAGAGAUUAAGCACUGGCAAAUGCAACUAGACAGACAUAGAUUAAAAAUGUCUAAAGUUGCAGAGAGUCUAUUAGCUUACACAGAGCAGUAUUUGGAAUAUGAUCCUUUUCUUGUGCCCCCUGAUCCCUCAAACCCUUGGAUAUCAGAUGACACCACUUUCUGGGAACUGGAGGCAAGCAAAGAGCCAGGACAGCAGAGGGUGAAACGAUGGGGGUUUGGCAUGGAUGAAGCUUUAAAAGACCCUGUGGGAAGAGAGCAGUUUCUCAAAUUCCUGGAGUCAGAAUUCAGUUCAGAAAAUUUAAGGUUCUGGUUAGCAGUAGAAGACCUGAAGAAGAGGCCUAUCCGUGAAGUUCCUGCUCGUGUCCAAGAAAUCUGGCAAGAAUUUCUUGCUCCAGGUGCACCCAGCGCUAUCAACCUAGAUUCAAAAAGUUACGACAAAACCACGCAGAAUGUAAAGGAUCCUGGAAGAUACACAUUUGAAGAUGCCCAGGAGCACAUUUACAAAUUGAUGAAAAGUGAUUCUUAUCCUCGUUUUAUACGAUCCAGUGCCUACCAGGAGCUGCUACAGGCCAAGAAAAAGUUGGAAAACACUCUGGAUCGUCGAACAUCUUUUGAGAAAUUCACACGCAAUGUGGCAUUACAGACUCCGAGGGACUCUCUAGCCUUUCGAUGCCUCCAUUUUGAAAACUGUCUGCUCACUUCCUCCUUCAUAUCAAGCUGGAUCUGUGUCUUUUUAUUUUCUGCAAGCUCAAGUACAGUGAAAAACAAAAAGCUUCUGCUAGGCACAAUUUAUUAA